UUGUAUCAGACUACCUCCGAUGGUAUAUUAUCGACCGUAACUCAUGUGUAAUUGACAGAUUUAAAAAUGGUCUUUCAGCUCUUCAGUUUUUGACUGCACUGCAGCAGCAUCCUUCUUUGAUGAUCCCUGUCCUGUGCCACUCAGAAAAGAAGGUCACUGCCCUUGAACUUGAGGGACUUUUCAAACCUGACCUCAGUCCAUCAGGGAGCAACAGGAGACUCAGAGAAGGACAAACAUUAGGCUACUGGGCUGACUAUCUCCUUGAUUGUGAAGAAGGUCAGGCUGCUGUUUGCGUGGAAGAUGUUUUCAUGUUUGCAACUGGGCUAACUUCACUUUCCCCGUCUGGAUUGGAACUGCUGCCGAGGAUUGAGUUCCUGGAUGAUUCACCAUUCCCAAUGGCAAACACAAUGAAAUUACCACUGCUGGAUUCAUACAGUGUGUUUAAAUCACAUAUGGAUUUUGGAAUUCAGAAUUCGCCAGGAUUUGGCUGUUUUUAAAUCAGGUGUGAUUGGGUCCACUAGAUGUGGAUAAAUCACUACAGCUAGAGAACUCGCAUCCAUCUGCACUGGUGGACACACUUUAGCACUGUUACUAUUUAAUUUUGUAA